CCUACGCUGCAAGCAGACGACAUGCCGAGUGAUAGACGGAGGACCCAUGGUUUAGAUCUACCUUUCUGACGUCAGGUCAGUAUACCUGGUGCUGUCAUCCUCCCUGGUUGCGUAUAGUGUGUGUAACCAAAGUAGUGGGCCUGGUCAUUUUAAAGAAACAUGGGCGACGGCAAAACAAAAACGCUUCAUAAGAUCACUCGAUGGGGAAGCGCGUCUAACAGCGGUAGCAGUACUCGCACAGGUGGAGGCGCUCAUGCUGCUGCCAAUCAACCUCUCACUCUCGUCGAACCCCUGGAUCCCGAAGAUUUGAAGCAAGGACAGUUGUACAUUGUCAAGAUCUCGCUUGUCAAGUUGGCUUUGUUUGAAGGCUGGCAAGAUGAUAUGUGUUGUUGGAGUGUAUUGCGCGACGAAUCCAAGCCCAUGCGUUGGUCGGAAGCCCGUUAUCUUCCAGGUGAUUUCUAUGCUUAUGAGGCGUUUGAUGAAGCGGGCAAUCCCCCAGUCUAUAUCUGGCAAAGACUGUUGAACACCGACAUCCCUCCCAACUGGUUCAGUAUGUUUGAGGAAGCUCGACGAAAGCAGCGGGAAUGGGAGACAGGUUUCGAUCAGGUACAUGCCAAUGGACCCACUUAUCAACUGACUGAUUAUCAUGCAACCAAUGAAGAAGCUCAGGCUGCUGCUGGUGCAAGCGAUGAUGUUUCUGAGGUGUCAAAUCAAGUCAGUGCUAGUGAAGAUCGUGAAAAACUUCGCGACUUUUUGGUCGGAGAGCAACCUCAACGUGGAAACUCCAUCAACAAUGCUUCCAACGUGGAAAACAGUGCUCCUCACAGCCCUGUCCCUUCCCACAUUAGUCAAAUCCCCGUAGCUGCUCCCGUAGAUGGCAAGUAUGACCUGGAAUCCGCAAAUGGAUUCGGUGCAGAGAAAGCUGGACAAACGCAGGCAAAGUACGAUGAUGAUUCGAUUGAUUUUCCUCACGACCAGCUCAACUUUUCGAUUCCUGAUUAUCCUACUACUACCACAGCAAAGGACACUAAAGACCGAUACAAAUUGCCUGCCACGGCAAAGGCUCACAGACCUUCUGUGAAGAAUAUAUUAAAGUCCUUCAAGCAACAUGAUCAGACCCCGGCAGGUGCUGUUUAGCCAUGAUAUUCCUUUCCCUUUUUCUCCCGUCCCUCCUUUCGUUCGUUUUAUCUUUAACCUCCCUCCUCGUAAUGAAUUAGUAUGUCGUUUCAGUCUCUUGGUCCACUUUACUCUCAUUCCAUGUCCAACCGCUAGAGU